UAUAUUUUAAUUUAUAAAAUGAAAUAUUUUUUUUUUCUAUUUCACACCGCACCACAGUUCGCUCUUCCCGGUCCUCUUCUCCUGACUCCUCCUCCAGCGCUGGUUCAUUCUUCUCGCACUUUUGUCGUCAUGCUGAGAGCAUAUAUGCUAAAAACUAUGAUCCACCAGAGCAAUCAACUUGUAGGGUUGUGUCAUAUGUUGUGCUUAAAUGAUGGCAGGAAUGAACCGAUUUAAAAAAACGGGUUUACUUAAUUUUACUAAAUAUAAUUUUAUUUUGAAAUGCGGGAUAAUUCUUUCCUAUUAAUACCGUAAUAUCC